AGAUGUGUUCGUGUGUCGUCAGGCUGAGAGAAAAUCUUUUCCACGUUUGGUGCUCAUUACGGGCCUGCGAUUGAGCAAACUCGUCCGAGCAAGACACGAGGAGGAUCUAGUGGUUGAGCGGUGGUUCGAGGAGUCUGUUUCGGAGGGUUUCUCCAUUCGUGGAGCGUCGGAUCGGGAGAAUCCCUGAAAACAUGGUAUCGGAUCCCUGCUGCUGAUCGAUAAUUGGCGAAAGAAUAGUCGGAGGAGACAGGGAGAACUUCCGUGUCCGAGUCCUCCGCACGUCGCUCCGAUGGCUGAACAGUAUCCUGGUCAUGGAGAAGGGAUCCACAUCCGCGAACUGCGACCGGAGGAAGUGGAAUCGGCAGCAAAAUUCUGGUUCGAAGAUCUUGGAUUCGACGUUGGUGUGCGACUCUUCCAACGAUGGUACGAUCAAGAUCCGGAAGCGUUCCGAUGCAUCGUCGACGAAAAUGGAACUAUUGUGGCCACGGCGAGCGCCGUGAGGCAGACCGAGGGGCUCUACUACAUCGGCACUGUGGGCGUCGAUGAAGCGCACAGGGGUCGGGGGCUAGCGAAGCGUCUGAUCCGGAGCCUACGGCGUCGCGAUCCGAACGCUAAUUACGGCCUGAGCGCCGUGCCGAGCUACUUGUCUCUCUAUGAGGGUCUAGGCUUCCAAGUUGUCGAGCAGCCUUUCGCCCACAUUUACAAGGGAGCGCUCCGAGAGCCUCUCAAGAAGACACAGCGUCCAGAGGGAACGGAACUGCUGGAGAUCUUCAACGGACACCCGAGGUUCCAAGAAAUUGAGGACUACGAUGCCAGAAUACACGGCUACCGACGAGAAUUAGGGAAAACUCUCAUAGACGAUGAGGACGGCGUUGUCUACGCGAUGGUGCGUCGAGAGAGAAUCAUUGGUUUCGGAAAAGUCCAGAGCAAUCAACGAGAUCAGGGUGCUUGGUUCGGCCCGGUAUAUGCGGAUGACGACGAAUCUGCUCAAUACAUAUUCUCUCAGCUGUUGGAGCGCUUUCAACGGCAAGCACAAACCUCAAUCUAUGUGAUUGUCAGUUACCUAGCGCGGCACUGGGCCGAGGAGUUGAAUCUACAGCUCAUAGAGAAGUCACCACGAUGUUAUGUAAACGUAGAUCAAGUCCCCGCGAUGCUUUACCAGCAUUUGUAUGCCUUCGACUCGCUGGAUUUCUCGUUGAUGUGAAAGCUCGCAUUCGACCACUGUGCUGAAACUCAAUUCAAUAUCGUCGCUUUCAGACGAAUGAGAUUAAUAU